AUGCCAGCAGCCACUUCUCCGGAGCGUCCGCGCACUGGCAUCACACGCCUGACUGGUGGAAGAUUGGUCAAAGGUAACGCUCUCGUCGAGGAAGACCUUUGGAUUUCCUCGGUCACUGGUAAAAUCCUUCACAGCCAGGAAGUCUUCUACUCACAUCAAGUCGUCCCGGACGAGAUUAUUGACCUGGAAGGCAAAAUUCUCGCUCCCGGCAUGAUCGAUGUGCAGUUCAACGGUGCCUUUGGAUAUGACUUCUCCACCAUACCGGACGACAUGAGUGAAUACAUCAAAGGUCUGAAACGUCUCAAUCGAAAACUCGUCAGAACGGGUGUAACCAGCUACCUUCCCACCAUACCAAGCAAUAAGCCGGAAGUAUAUCAUCAAGCAUUGCCCCACCUUGGCCCAAGUGGUAACGGCAGAGACCCCCAUGAGGGCUCUGAGAGUCUGGGAGCGCACUGUGAAGGACCAUUCAUCUCUCCGACCAAGAAUGGAUGUCACGGCCAAGACGUUCUCAAAGCUGCGCCAAAUGGCUUUGCGGAUCUGGAAUCUUGCUAUGGGGCUAAAAAUCUGGCUUCGGAGGGGAACGAAAAGCGCUCACCCAUCACCAUGAUCACAGCCGCUCCGGAAGUCGAAGGUGUCGCGUCCACUAUCCGUGAGGUGGAGAAGCGCGGCAUCAUCUUCUCUGUAGGUCACACCGAAGCGACGUUCGAACAGGCAGGUGAAGCCAUACAGAAUGGCGCGACCAUGAUCACGCACCUGUUCAACGCAAUGCGACCUCUGCACCAUCGCAACCCAGGCAUCUUUGGUGUUCUCGGCAAGGUGGAGGGAAGCGAACGAAGACCCUACUUUGGCAUCAUCGCUGAUGGCAUUCACCUCCAUCCCACCACUGUCAAACUUGCGUGGAACGCUCACCCGGAUGGCUUCAUUCUCGUCACAGAUGCGAUGAAGACGGUGGGUCAGCCUGAUGGUGUGUACGACUGGACGAAUGGGGAUCGAUUCGUAAAGAAGGGAUCAUUGUUGACCUUGGAGGGAACGGACACGAUUGCUGGCUCGUGCGCGAGUCUGAUUGAAUGUGUCAGUAACUUUUGGAGCUGGAGCCACGCACCCUUGCCAGAUGUCAUCAACGCUGUCACCGCCACACCCGCCAGGAUGUUGGGCCUUGAGAAAACCAAGGGAACGUUGACGGCAGGAGCUGACGCAGACUUGCUAGUGCUGAACCCUCGAGAGGAGAGCGAUGGCAGACGGGUGUUGGAUGUUCAUCAGGUUUGGAAGUUCGGGGUCUUGGUGAGCGACGCAAAAGAUGACGAGUAUGGUGCCUGA